AUGCCUAGAUCAUGCUGCAGCCGCUCGGGGGCCCUACUGCUUGCCUUGCUGCUUCAGGCCUCCAUGGAAGUGCGUGGCUGGUGUCUGGAAAGCAGCCAGUGUCAGGACCUCACCACGGAAAGUAACCUGCUGGUACAGCUGGAGUACGGCCUGGUGGCGGAGGCCGAGGCCGAGGCCCAGCCCGCGCUGAAGAAGGACGAGGGGCCCUACAAGAUGGAGCACUUCCGCUGGGGCAGCCCGCCCAAGGACAAGCGCUACGGCGGCUUCAUGAGCUCCGAGAAGGGCCAGACGCCCCUGGUGACGCUGUUCAAAAACGCCAUCAUCAAGAACGCCCACAAGAAGGGCCCGUGA